AUGUUUGUUGCUAUCCCUCACGUUACAAUACUUAGGAGUCUCACCAGGCUUCCACUGCAAUUUGUGGUUUCGGUACAGGGCCUCAAUAUGCCCAGCCUGAAGCCCGGCGGCGAGAAGCAUGUCAAUGCAUCAAAAAUCCUCAAGAUUUCCCGGCGACGUGGAUCAGCAAAUUGGUCGAUCGAGGUUCUUGUCGAUGGACAAUUGUCCGGCCUGAAAUUGGAAGCUAAACACUUUCUUGAUUAUGUUCUCAUCACGUUCGACUUCCAGAUAAUCGAAAACGGGAAAUAUAUGCUUGUGGCUGAAGGAGUGAAGGACGAGAAGAUCGAUAUGUUUUACCGGAUCGGUCUCUACUACCUCUCCACACAGCUGUCUCCUCUGCUCGGCUUACCUCUUGCCUUGGGGCUGACACCAAAGGCUGAAGGUCGCUAUCUAAGGGUCUCUGUGUGCCGCGAUGAGAGACUAAUUGUUGAAGAUGGACGAAGUGAUUUGAUCAACGAUCUAGGACUUCCCGUUUGA